UACAUAGCGAGACCCCAUCUUGAGGGGAAGGGAGCGGAGAGGAGGGGAGCAGAGGGGAGAAGACACACCAAAUAACUGGCUAGGGGAGAGCGCAAGGAUAUGGCCAGAACAGGACUGGCCACAAAGUGACACAGGAGAAUCACUGGCAUCGUAGGUACAAGAAGCAGGGACUUCCACUGCCUUCACAUAGGAGAGAGCAGGCCCUGCUCUUCUCCCUCCCCACACGCCAGCUGGGUGGUGACAUCUACCCUCACAGUCUCCCUGACCAUCACCUGUUACCUGUGUCAUCUACCUUCCACCCACCCCAACCGUCCCCCUGGAUUUUUAACCUCGGUUGAAGACCCAGUAUCUAACGUAGAAACUUAAAAAUCAUCCUGGUUGAUGCGCUUUCCACAAGGCUGACGGCCGCAUCAACCCUGAAAUGUCGCACUGCACCUCCCACACAAGUCUUGUGUUUCCUCCUACGCUUUGUUAUCCCUAUCCUAACUCAGCCCAUGCUCCACACAGCCUCCUUCCUGAUGGGUCCCCAGCUUGCACACAAGCGCCACGCUGCUCUUUCUAAAAGCGCGCGCCUGGCUCUUCGACUUGAAACUACUAUUGCCAACUACAGUGCUUCUCGAACUCGGAUGAAGGCCAGAAUCCAGGGUCCGCGAAGCUAUCUACAUUAAGAUGAGGCAUCACUGCUCGCGCUCCCAGGCCUCACACAACCGUGGAGGGCAAAUUCGCAGCGCUGCGGCGGCCAGCGGGAAUUUCAGGCGAGGGCGCGCACAAGCGCUUCGGGGCAGACGAGGCCCCGGGCGGGGCUGCCCGGCCGCGGCCCUCUCCGCGGCAACGAGCGCUCCGGGAGGGCCGCAAGCGACCCGCCCCUCGCCCCGCACUCGCCUGCCUCCUCCCAGCCCCGGCGUCAGCGUCGCGCGUUCGGACGCCUGUGUUCUUUCUCGUCGGCCCUUCUCAGGCCAACAGUACUUCUCGGUUCCAGCGCUCACAACGUGUGACAAGGCGGCAGAAGGGUCGACGACGCCGGAACCGCUCCGCUGGAUACCGCCGGGAUCCCGGGCGUCACCCAGUCCUCCCGAUGAUUGGCUGUUUCGCCCACGACCGGGGGAGGAGCCAGCAGCAGAACCGGAAGCGCCGAGUGCGGCGAAAGCUGCGUCCCGAGACGGGGCGUGCGCACUCCGGGCCCCUGAGGCAAUUUAGAAGAGGGCAGC